UGCCAACACAAUUCAAGAAAAAACUACACGAGAUACAACAAUGGAAGAAACAAUGGUGGCCGAUGACCACAGAAAAGAAGUUCUGCGUUGGACUUGUAAAGAUGUUGGGAUCUGGCUAGAAAAAAACGGGUUUGAAUCUUACAUAGAACUGCUAACCAUAAGACACAAAAUCGACGGAAAAGCUUUGCUUCUUUUGACCGAAAAUGACCUACGUUUGCCGCCAUUGGAAAUAGAAAUUCUUGGCGACUUGAAAAGACUUUGGUUUGUUAUCACCCAAAUCCAAACACCAAACAAUCAGUUAUCAUCACAGUAUAAUGGAUUUAUAAGGAAGGCUUAUUUUGACCAGGUUGAAGGUUCACCUAAGAUCUACAAGAAGAGAGAAGCCAAUGAAGAACAGAUUCAACACGUUAUAGCAUCAAGUAUUUCAAGUGUUUCAGAAACAUGGCGAACUUGCCUCAGCGUUUUGUACGCUUUCAUGGUGUUCUGUUUGACAUCUUUUGUGAUGACARUUGUCCACGAUAGAGUACCCGACAUGAAAAAAUACCCCCCUUUACCAGACAUUAUCCUAGAUAGCGUCCCCCUGAUUCCUUGGGCAUUUAAGAUGUGUGAGUUCACUGGCAUUGUACUUGGUUCAAUGUGGUUUAUUGUACUAUUUUUGCAUAARCAUAGGAUGAUCCUGUUACGUCGAAUGGCAGCUCUGUUUGGUACUGUCUUUCUCCUUAGAUGUGUAACCAUGUUUGUGACUUCUCUAAGUGUGCCAGGAGUUCAUUUGGAGUGCUCUGGGAAGUUAUAUGGAGACACCUGGGCCAAACUAUAUCGUGCAUUCCAAAUCAUCCUUGGUAUGGGUAUGUCAGUAAAUGGUGUUCGGACAUGUGGGGACUAUAUGUUCAGUGGACAUACAGUUGUCAUUACUCUACUCAAUUUUCUAAUAACAGAAUAUACCCCAAGGAAGUGGUAUUAUUUACACACUGCUUGUUGGGUGCUGAACCUGUUUGGUAUCUUCUUUAUUUUGGCUGCACACGAGCACUACUCUAUAGAUGUACUCAUUGCAUUCUAUAUAUCAUCUCGGCUCUUUCUGUACUACCAUACCUUGGCAAAUAGCCAUGCUCUAUCCACUAAUGAUCAAAGAACCAAGGCCUGGUUCCCACUUUUUUCAUUCUUUGAGGAGCAUGUCCAAGGGCAUGUUCCCAAURAAUAUGAAUGGCCAUUACGAUGGCCAAAAUGGGUUUUCUUUAAAUGUAACUCCAAGGCACAURAUAAGUAGAAAACUUUAAUUAUGUUUAAAAAACAAGAAUUUCUUUAUCUGUUAUUUGAUUUGAUUUUUCUUAAGCCUUGACUAAGAAUAGGAUUAAUAGCUUGG